CGGACGGUGCUGAGCAACGUGGUUUCGCUCCUUCCGUUUCUCCGAUCGCUCUCCGACCGAGGGACCCCGAGCAGUCAGGACUCGGCUGUCCUGUCGACACCACAUCCACCACGCGAUCCACACGCGCACGAUCGGGAGCAAGAGCGCGCGGGACGCAGCCCAUCCUCGCCGUUAUCGGGAUAACAUAAGGACGAACGAUCGUCGGCCGGAUUACAGAGAUCGAUCAUAUAAAGAUCGUCUGAACGGUGACAGCAUCGGCUGAUCUCUCUCCCUCUCUCUCUCUCUCUCUCUAGUCAGCGAGGAAGAAGGAUAAUUGUGGGAUAAUUUAAUCCGACGCGUUGUACGAUAGACGAUAACCGCGGUGUCGUUGUACGAACCUGACCGGUGACUGGUUGAAAGGAUUUGGAAAGAAUCCGCGCCGAAAAACGUGGGCCGCGUGACGCGCGGCGAAAGAGAGCGAGGGAAGGUGUCUGUCGGUCGAACACGUGGUCGCCGUCGUCGCCGCCGCCAAGCCACGAGGCACGGCCUCUUGUAACAGAAAAUCGUUUCCGAUUCGUCGUCGCGGAGACUCGCGAGCAUCGUGUUUUCAACAUGUUCGAUCGGACGUUUCGAUCUGGAUACUUGUAGAUAUAUCAUCGGUUGAAGAAUCAAGAGGAAGAAGAAGAAGAAGAAGAAGAAGAAGUGCUCUGAGAGUGCGGGGAUUAGUGUGCCGUUGUUGAAAAACCAGGUGUGCCCUCUCUCUCUUUCUCUCUCUAUAUUUUAUAUAUAUAUAUAUAUAUACCGUUUCCCCUCUUCGUUUUCUUCCACCUUCUUCUUCUUCUGUUCCUCCCUUCGACCGACUGACUAUCUUCUCUUUUCUCUCCCGUGGUGAACGCGUCGAACUGUUUACAUGCAUCGUGGAACGCGGAAAAGAGUUUGAAAAAAAAUAAAAGAAAGAAAGGAAGGAAGGAAAGGAAAGGAAAAGAAAAGGAUAAGGAGAAAGGGAAAAAAGAAGAAUCGGGAAAACGGGGACAGGUGGAAAAGUGAGAAAUUGGAGUUGAACCGGAAGUGCAGCUACCCUAUCUCGGCUUCAAGGUCGUGGAAUGACGCAUAAGAUCAUCCGGAGCGACGAGCAGGAGCAAAGCCGAGGGUGACAGAAGCGGGUGUGAUGAGCGGAUAUCUCGGUAACAUCCCCCUGCCCCCAACAUUGUUGCACGACCCGAAGUAUCCUCCAGCCAUGCGGGAGAAAGACUCGAGUCCGAGAAAAAUGCCGGGCCACAUAAGCCCGAAGCAAGCCAGCAUCUAUCCUCUGAGCGUCCGUGUGCCGGACGCGGAGGAAUUGCCGUACGACCUGAGCCACGGCCACGGCCGAGGCCUGUCCAGCCCCACCAACCAGCAACAGCACAGGCAACAACAGCCUCACAUGAGCCCAGCCGCGAGGCCGCCUCAAUCUCACCACCAGGAGGAUCUCGACUGCGAGCCGUUGGACCUCCGCGUCGAUCACAAGAAGGAAAGAUUAACGGACGAGAAUCAGAACGAGAUCGAGGUUCUGAAUCAGAACAGUUUGGGCGGCGGAGGCCUCCCCUAUCACACGGUGCUGUUCCCCCAGCACCACACCGUCCACCCGUUGGUCCUCGAAGCCAUGUACCGGUCCCAUCAUCACACCUCGUCGGUCCCCGACCUGCCCAAGAUCCAGGUGCGAGCUCUACCCACCAUGGUACCGUUACCGCCCAACAGAUUCUCCUCCACCGCGUCCUCCGCGUCCUCCGUUUCCUCCCAGGCAGCGGCCAGGGUCCCGAGCCCCUCCUCGGGCGGCCAGCAACACCAACCGCCCCAACAAAGUCACGCGAGUCAGCAACAGCAGCACCAGCAGCACCAACACCAGCAGCAAGCCUCCGCUAUUCCGCCGUAUUCGAUCAGCGUGCAGGCAGGUCUGAAGCCGAAGGACAGAUACUCGUGCAAGUUCUGCGGUAAAGUGUUCCCCAGGUCGGCCAAUCUGACGCGGCACCUGAGGACUCACACGGGCGAGCAACCGUACAAGUGCAAGUACUGCGAGAGGAGCUUCAGCAUCUCGAGCAACCUGCAACGUCACGUAAGGAAUAUUCAUAACAAGGAGAAACCGUUCAAGUGCCCGUUGUGCGAACGGUGUUUCGGCCAGCAGACCAAUUUGGACAGACACUUGAAGAAGCACGACGCCGACGGGCCAACGAUACUCGACGAGGUCAGAUCGAGGUAUCACGGCCAAUUGCCGAGGGCGGACGAAUCUUAUUUCGAGGAGAUUCGCAGCUUCAUGGGAAAGAUCACUUCCCAGAGACAGGGGAUACCUUAUUUCCCUGGAUUGUUGGGCCACGGAGGGGACGAGUUCAGGAACGACAAGCAGCAGCUCCAGUUGGAGGAGAAAAGAGGCGAUUCUUCCUACUUCAGCGACAGGGACAAUCUGAGCUCGAGGUCGAGCAGCACCGCGAGCAGACCCGAGAGCGUCCAGGAGGAGCAACGGGAAGUCAAUUCGCCUCCUCUGUCACCUGGAAACAACACUUGAGUCAGGGAAUCGUGAUCGUACGUUCGAUGAAUGAUUUUCCUCGGGUUACGGUUAAGCAGAGAGAUCGAUGCGCUUCUUCUUCGACAAGUUUUUUAUGAACGUGGAUCCAUUUUUCCUUUUUUCUCUUUCUUUUUCUUUUUCUUCAUGAGAAGAGAUAGAUCGAAUUUUCGCUCGCAAAUAUGAAACGUAAAUCAAUAUGAAUUUAUUCUUUUUCUGCACCGAAUGAAUCGAAUUCGUUUUACAUUCCCAAUGAAAUUUCGAUAUCUCGUGGUAUUCGAGUGGUAUUCGACUUUAGUCAAAAGAAAAGUGCCUUAAGAAAAAAAAUGUGCCUAAAAUGUUCCAAGUAUUUGCAAUGCAAAGUUUACCAUUACGAUUAAACGAGAUUAGAUGGAAAACCAAGCAGAUAUUUUAAUAUUGUUAUACGUCAGCGUGCGUUUUGAUUACGGAUUAAUUAGGUAUGUAAAUGAAUUUUUUGUUAUAAAAACAAAAUGCCGUUUGAUCUUUUUUUUUUAUAAUAAAUUCAAUAAUGUCACGAUCUAUAAAUAAAAGUUAUAAUACUUCUUUGAACGGAAAAUUAAUUUACAUGCCUAAUAAAACGCGUGAAACCGAUCGUUGUUCGUAAAUUAAUCGUCGAAGGUAUUAAUUUAUCCAAUUAAUUCGGAUAAAAUUAUUCUUCACGAUUCUUUAAAGUAAAGAUAUUCCCAUUCCAAUCUCCGCAGUUCGAAGAUCAAUUUAUCGAACGCUUAUAAUAACAAAAGACACGGAGCAUUAACGAUUAUUAGCGCGAAUUGUCAAAUUGAAAAUUGAAUAUUUUUAUCGUCUUUAUCUCUUUUCUCGUCAAGCCGUUAAAAAAAAAAUAGAGAACAAAGCAAAAGAAAGAAUCGUUUCAUCAUCGUCGUCUUAUUGGAUCGUUCCGAUUGAAGCGGAGCCGGAUCGUUUCGCCAAGGAAGCAAAAUCGUGGAGGGAGAAGGAGGGGGGGGGGAAAAAGUGGCAGGAGAAAAGUCCAAAUAAACGUCCAAAUAAAUACGUUCCGGAUGGAAAGGAUAGCUGAAAACGACGCUUAGCGAUUUUACGACCUAGAAAGUGAAUGUCAACCACUCCAUCGCCUCGAUCCCGAUCCACGAUACCGAUCGCCGAUCCACUGACGACAGACAAUAAAAUAGAAAUCGAUGGGCGGAUCUGCGGGUUUGUUAAUCGACUGCCACGAAAUCGUCCUCGGCCGGAAGGAAACUUUGCGACACGAGCCAUUAAAUUCAUCUUUGAGGAAGUCUGCGAUGAAAUAUCUUCGUAGUAGCUUCGAAGAAAUGAUUUCCGCGAGGCAAGAGAUUAUUAGAAAAGCCAAUUAUCUUGGAAUUCAAUCUUAAAAAUUCAUUAUUGCUAAUUCGAUACACGCGAAAAACUCGAUAUCGAUGCGAAAUUGAAAAUAAUAAUUCUAAAGAAUUAAAGAGAAUUAAAGAAAAUCAAAAUGAAAACACUUGGAAAAAUUAGAAAUCCAAAAGUUGAAAAAUCCACGAAUAUCCACGAUUGGAAAGUAGUGAUAAAAAUCCAAUAUCGCAAAAUUAAAUAUCGAAAAGUAGGCAAAUUGAAAAAAUUUCAUCGAUAAAUCCUAGAAGAAAUCGAGAAAAUCGAUCGUUCGAAUAAGGAAUCUCGCGUUGGGUAUAAGCAACGCAUCGAGCGUGGUGGGAAAACACGCAGGAAAAGCGGUUUCCUGUUGCAGACGAUUACCAGAAAGCACGAUUACCAGGAUAAAGAUGCUCGUGAUCUCUCAUGCACGAUCCCUCUCAUUUCCUGUGGAUGGUCGCUGAAAACUAUUCCCCGGGGCGAAACGAUUCGAUCGAUCGAUCGCCUUCCGCUCGUGGCCACGCGAGAAUUCGCCACUUUCUAAUCGGCGCGAGUGUGGUACGGGUGGCGCUUCGACCUUGGGAGUAAGCGGCUUCGAUUAAUUACGAUCCGAUUCAGAUCGGCACGACGAAAGGAAACACGGCGAACUAUCGUUCGGAUGCUCGUUAAAUUGGCACCGUUGGAUGGUUACGUGGACGAUUCGUAAUCUCGGAUGGAAAGUUGGAUUGGUUCUCUCGAUUGAAUGAAAUUUCGUGGCAAGCAAUUCGCGUCGAGCAAUGAACUAUUGGAUCACUCGGCGAGAAUGGGAUUAUCAAACUGUACCAAAGAAGUCGAAACGGUAGCGAGACGAAAAAUUAUCGAUUGAGAAGGUAUUUAAAUAAAGGAGAAGAAGAAGAAAAAAGAAAUCGAAGGACGCAAAUUAGGCAAAAGGUAAAAGCGAAAGGGAGUGUAUCGAAUCGACCACCGGCGAUUUAUUUUAUACUUUCUACCGUGUAUAUAUAUAUAUAUAUAUAUAGAAAGAGACAUUCACCGCAAGUAGCGCAGGUGCAGAGUUGCAGGAUGGCAUCGCGCGGUCAGGAGAUCAUCUUGACCUUGGUGAAUCCGAUCGAUUGUGCGGCUGAAAGGCCGAAAGCGCGCCGGGGAGAGAAUCUGGGCGUCUUCUCUCCCAGAAGAAAUUCGCAAUACACCGAGGAUGUUCGUCGGAAGAUUGGUCCAAGGAGGUCUGAUCGGUGACGCGUGAGAAACCGAUUUGCGCUUUCUAAUUUGGAAUGUCGGCGAUUUUCUAAAUUACAGGAGCAGCCGGUUAGAUGAAACGCGGAUCGCCGCUAAUCUCGACGGGCGGAUAAAAAUCUGCUAUCGCGAUACGAUAUGAAAAAAUGGAACGAAAGAAAGAUCGAGGCUGUGCCAUGGAUGCGUGAAAUUAAUAAAUUCGAAUUAAAUGCGCGCCUUAAAAAUAUAAUUUGCAAUAUUCGCGCUACGAAUUAAUAUCGAAUGACAAGAUAAUCGAAUAGCCGAACUUAACUCGAUAACAGAAGAAAUUGGAAACGAAAUAUUCGAUAACAUAAAAUUCUAAAAUCUCAGAUCAAAAUGUACCUAUGCAGCAUCCAAGAGAGAAUGCGCGAUUCGUGAAGAGGGAAGGAGAGAGAGGCGGUGGUGUUUAUUUCGUUGCAUCGAUACACUCCUUAUCGUGUAGCCAGAGGAUCCAAUAUGGCGGCAACUACGCGUCCACACAAAAUCCAUUUUAAGAGCGAGCCGAUUUCGUAAGGAGACCGAUGCAACACCGUUACGAGGACGUGGCCCGAGGUGUGACUAAGCAUCCAGUAGAUAUUCUCUCUCCUCCAGCGUGGCGAUACGCGAGAAGCCACUCGGGAGGAGGAUGGCAGGCCCUGUUUUUCUUGCCUCACGCAUACGAUCCGAUGGCCUCGGACCUCUGUUGUUGCGUUACACUUUUGCCACGCCCCGAUCGGACGGGCAAACUCAUCGCGAAAGUGAAACGCAAUAAAGGAGCCACGCCGGAGCGAGAGAGGCUCGACAUCCAUGAAACGGCUCAACGGAGAGGCUACACGCCCGAGAGAAGGAACGAGAGGAGCCGGCCGUUCUGUAUUCCGUGAUGCGGAGAGAGAACGGUGGACGAACGAGGUGAAUGAGAAAAGAGAAAGAUCGAUCGAAAUCUCAAGGCUUGGAAAUCGGUUUCCUCGCCACCUACCACGGCAGUCGUCGAUCCGCGACCGAAUGUAGGUAUCUUCGACCAAAAUUCUCAGACUGGCUUCGGCUCGUCGUUCCCAUUGCCGAUGUUACUCCUUAAAAUAAUGUCUUUACGUUCGUUUCAUUUUCGGGAAUCGAUUUUCAACUCUUAUGCCAAUAGUAAUAUAUUACAUUUCUUUUUUUUUUUGUAAUAUGAAUGAAAAUUGAACGACUUUUUUAUAAUUAUUUAGAAUAUUUGCCAUCGAUAUUCAAAUAAAUAGAUUAUAUAUGCGCGUGUCAGAAGUCGAAUUAAAAGUCGAAAAAAUAUUGAGUAUCGGCAUAAGAAUUACAUUAUACAACGCCAAUAGCGUUGCAUAAUCGAUUCGAUUUAGUGGAAAAUAUUAUCUUCGUGCUAAGCAAUUCGUCGACCAGUUCCAUAGUAGAAAAAGAAAAAAAAAGCCGCGAAAUUUCUCGGGGAGGGAUCUAUCCGCGAAAUCACGGCACGUCCGCUCGCUUUUUCGAUCUCAUCUCGUUCCAGUUUGCACGCGUGAUUUCACUGGACGGGUCAGCCUGAUUCAAAUUACGACAGCUUGUUGUUACGAGACCGGAGGAAGAAGCGUCGUACAAAAAAAGACAGAUGCGUACAUUUCUGAAAUGUAGAGAAAACUCUGUUAGAAAUUUAUGUCCAUUCAAAUGCGAAAUUCAAAUCACAGUGAAACUCCAUUUAUAUGAACGAAAUUUUAAUAUCUGACUAUUUGAACUUUAAACUCUCAUUUUUAGAAAUUGAAAAUUAGAAGAGAUUGAAUGAAAUUACAUGUAGAUGGAGUUCCAUAUGUACUUACUUAUUUAUCUUUCCAUUUUGAACAUUUGACGAUUAAAUCCCCAUACAAAUGUAUUUUUCUUCAUUGUAUAUACGUAUUCAACGAAUCGAAUCACAUAUUAGCGGAAAUAUAAUAUAAUAUUUGUACCUAUAACUGUUAGAAUUUGAAACGAGGCUCAAUUUAGUUAGUCGAAAUCAUCGUAAAAAUAUUAUCGCGUAUCGACGAGUUUCUCGAGAUCUGCUACGCUUGCCUACUUCUCUUCUACAAUUAAACCGCGAUAUAAUUUAAUUUCUAAUAUAAGACUUUCGGCCUUUCGUUUGUUCUUGCACAAUCGAAUUAAUAUUAUAAUAAAUUUUACAAGUGAUAAUAACGUUGAACUCGUCGAUAUACGCAUACUAAUCCCGCGAAGAAUCUCAUCUAAAUAUCCGACGAACAAGUCCAACUCGAAAUAAAGAGUUCAUUAAAUGGACGAAGACAUUGUCAAUUUCAACCCUAAAAUAUAUCCAUCGUUGGGGUCGACAUAUUUCACCCUAAGCAAAUGUUUUCACGCUUCUUUUUUUUUUUUUUUUAAAGAUAGCAUUUAAGGAUUAAGAUCGAACUCGAGGGGGUGACGUUUACGCGCGUCCCACCCUCCGCGAUUAAAUUAGUCAAUCGUGCGCGAGGUGUACCAAGCGGAUCAGCGUAGAAAAGAGAGUACCGUUUUAAUUUUGAUACAUAGUAUACAUAAACAUAGAGAUCUAUAUGCAAAAAUCGAUAUAAAUAUAAUAUAUACAUAUGUGCGUGCGUGUGUAUGUAAAUCGUACGACGAUUGUGAUUUCACCGAGGUUACCGAGUUAUACGUAUUUACUGUUUAGCCAACAAACAGCGGCGCCUUAAGCCGAUCAAGCUAUCAAGCGCUCGUUACCUUUUAGACCCGUUAGCUUGUAAGUUUGUCCAUCCACGCUCAGUUUUCUUUUUUUUUCUUUUAUCCGUUUUUUUUUCACAUACAUAGUCAAAUUGCCGAUCAAUCGAAUCGAAUCGAAUAAUCGAAAGGAUCGUCGUCGCUUCGAGAUCAAUAUCCCUUUCUAAUGUCGAAUUAUUAUUCAUCUUUCGUUUUUACAGAUUAUUAUUGCAUCGAGUGGAAAUACUCGAGACGAUGGUCUCGUUGCGACGAUAAAAUUAUUCGUUCUUUUUUUUGCGAAUGAUUUUAUCGUUCGUCGGUCCUGUUUUUCUUUUUUUUUUUUUUUUUUUUCAUUCUUAAAAAGAAACAUACACUGUUUAACCCUGUAGUCGCGCGUCCUGUAGAAUAUAGUGGUGACUGUAUAUAUGUUUAUAUGUAAUAUUCGAAUUAAAAAAAAAUAUAUAUAUAUAUACAUUGAUGUACACAAAGAGAGAAACGAA